CUCAUAAAAGUAAAACAAACACCACACUCUUCUUCUCCACUCUUCCAUUUUUCUCUCUAGUAAACAACCACACUCCACUCCCGCUCAAAAUUCUCCAUCAAAACCCUAAUUCCCAAAAAUCCCCAAUUCCAUUUCACCAACAAUGGAGAACAACAACAACAACUACUCUUCCCACCCCAAUUCUCGCGAUUCCUCUCCUCGCUCCCGCUCCGAUGUGAUCGACACCACCACCAACAAUGACACCAACAACCACCACCACUCCUCCUUCGACGAACCCCCACCUCCUCCUCCCUCCGCCGCCGCAUGCAAGGUCAAGCUCAUGUGCAGCUACGGCGGCAAAAUCCAGCCCCGCCCCCACGACAACAACCUCACCUACGUCUCCGGCGACACCAAGAUCCUCGCCGUCGACCGCUUCAUCAAGCUCCCCGCCUUCAUCGCCAAGCUCACUUCCCUCACCAAUUCCUCCGAUUUCUGCCUCAAGUACCAACUCCCCGGCGAGGAUCUCGACGCGCUUGUCUCCGUCACCAACGACGAGGACCUCGAUCACAUGAUGGUCGAGUACGAUCGCCUCUCCCGUGCCUCACCGCGACCCGCGAGGUUGCGCCUCUUCCUCUUCCCCCUCAACAACAGCACCAACAACAGCUCUUCCUUCUCUUACUCCUCCUCCGCUCCCACCACCGCCGAACCGAAACCGCAGUGGUUCGUCGAAGCUCUGAACUCCGUUCAGGUUCAGAAUCGUGAAGCUUCUCCUCCUCCUGCUCCGCUGCCUCCGCUUCCUCCGCCGGCGGCGAAUCCGGAUUUUUUGUUUGGAUUGGAUAACGCGCAUCCCGUGGCUCCGAAGCCGGCCGACCUCCCGGAUAACGCGGCGGCGGUUACGGAAUGUGGGCCCGAGGCAGUUAGGGAAACGGAAAUUCAGGAGCUUAGCAAAAACGAGCAAUUGGUGGUUCAACGGAAAAAGGAUGACGUGGCGGCGCCGUUGAUCACACAUGCAACUGCACAGGUGCAUUCCGGUCCGGUUCAGUUUCAUGGGAAUGGGUACCCGUUGGUGCUUUCCGGACCGGGAGCCGACCCGGGCCCGGUUUACCUCAUUCAAACACCGUCUGGGAUGUACCAGGCCGUUCGGCCCGUGACUGGACCGGCGGGUCAGCCGAUUUAUUUCAUUCAAACUCCGCAGCCGGUUCCCGAGCGUGGCUACUCGCAGAUUACGUACGUGCCUGAGGGGUCAGCUUUGCGGCGGCAGGCCACGGCGGCGCCUGGCGGUGAUGGCUGGAAUUGAAGGUGGCUGCGGCGCAUGGAGGUUGUUGUUAAGAAUUCAUUUGCUGCUGUGUCUGCGUGAUGAUUGUGGAUAUAAUUUUUCUAUAUUGGAUUUGGGGUGAACAUUGUUUCAUGUGCAUAGGUGCAUAUUUUGAAAGGAUUUAGUUGGGAAUUGUUGUUAAGAGUGUAACUAGUUUUUAAUUACUGGUAGUAGAUAUUGCUUUACAUCAGUGAUUGUUUGCCUCCUUAAUGCUUGCCAGAAUCGUUGUUUGGUUCCAGCUAUGUAUGUUAGCAAUUGUUUGUGCUUUGUUU